AUGGGAGCACCUCAGACGAGCAAGGCUAUUAUCAAGGUAGCUCCGGGCAAGGGAGUUAUCCAAGAGGGACCAACCCCAAAGGUUCGCGAUGGCCAUGUAAUUGUCAAGACAAAGGCUGUUUCUAUCAAUCCCACCGACUGGAAGGGCCUUUACAGCGAAAAGGAGGAGACAAUUGGCACAAAAAUCGGAUGCGAUUUUGCGGGCGAGGUCGUGGAGGUCGGUGCUGGAGUUACCAAUUUUAAGGUUGGCGAUAGGAUUGCUGGCCUCAGCCCUGGAGCAAAUAUUCUUCAGAAAGAGGAUGGCUCAUAUGGAGAGUACUUACUCACUCAGGCAGACGUCCAAUUCCACAACCCCCUAAGCGAUGAAGAGGGAGCGACUCUGGGAGUGUCAGUUUUCACCGUUGGCCAAGGUCUAUAUCAAAACCUGAAGCUGCAGCUACCGACAAACCCCAUAACCACAGGCACUCCAAUUCUCAUCUACGGUGGAAGCACUGCAUCUGGCCUUUGGGGUAUCCAGUACGCCAAGCUCUCCGGAUACAAGGUCAUCACAACUGCCAGCCCAAGAAACUUUGACUACCUAAAGUCUCUGGGAGCCGACGCUGUCUUCGAUUACAACUCACCCACCGUUGUCGGAGACAUUAUCGCUGCUGCAGGCGGCGAGCUGGCCCUCGUGUGGGACUGCAUCUCUGAAGCAAGUUCCGUAAAGAUCAGCGCAGCCGCUAUCUCGCCAAAGGGUGGAAAGCUGGGCCUGCUCCUUCCCCCCAAUAUCGAUGACAUUCACGCCAUCAACCCCAACAUUGAAGCUGGCGUGACUAUGGCCUACAGCGUCUUUGGAAACCCAUUCCAGAGAGGUAUUUCCAGCGAAGGCAAACCUGAAGACAACGAAUUCGCAAAGAAGUUUAGGGACAUUUCGGAGAAGCUGCUCUCAGAAGGCAAGCUCAAGGCUCCCAAAAUUGAGCUCAAUCGUGGCGGCAGCGGCCUUGAGGGAGUCUUGGUGGGUCUGGAGGAGCUGCGCCAGGGCAAGGUCAGCGCAGCGAAGCUCAUUUAUACUAUUUAA